GCAGUUAUCGUAAUCACAGCCAAACGCCACACGCGUUGGUGUCCAGCGGGAGGUCGUGAGCGCCGGUAUGCAGUGGUGGUGAAGGGAUGUCGUCGGUGUCAUCAUCGGUGGUGCGGUGGGACUGUCUGCCUGCCAAUGUGGUUGAGCUGAUCCUAUCGCACGUGUCUUUGGCGGACCUGUUGUCCUGUGCGCUGGUGUGCCGUAAGUGGUAUCACAUCCUGAGGGACGACCGGUGCGACGUGUGGCGCAUCCAUUGCCUCAACCGGCUGUCCAAACAGAUCCUCAAGUCGGACGUCCUGUCCUCCCUGUCCUCAUAUAAGGCCAAACUGAGGGCCUAUUACUACGCCUGGGAUUCAAACGACUGUUCCCGCAAUAUAUACAUUAAGCCAAACGGGUUCACACUUCACAGGAAUCCCGUCGCCCAGAGCACGGAUGCGGCCAAAGGCAAAGUGGGUUUCCUAGUGGGCCGACACAGUUGGGAGGUGUGGUGGGAGGGCCCCCUCGGCACGGUGGCAGUGGUGGGCAUCGCCACCAAAGAGGCGCCGGUGCAGAGCGCAGGUUAUGUGGCGCUGUUGGGGUCAUCGGUGGACAGUUGGGGCUGGAAUCUGGUGGACAACAAUCUCGUGCAUAACGGCGACUGUCACGGGAACUACCCGUUGCUGAACAAUGCGCCCAAAUACCAGACGGGGGAACGGCUUCGGGUGAUACUUGACUGCGACGACAGCACCAUAUCCUUUGAGCGCAACUACGAGUUCCUGGGCGUCGCCUUCCGCGGUCUGCCCAACAAACCCCUCUACCCAUCCGUGUCUGCCGUUUAUGGCAAUACCGAGGUCUCGAUGGUAUACCUCGGCUACCCGUUCGAUGGGUAG